AUGCGCGCGCGAAGAUCGCACCGCGCCGGAACGUCGUCCCGGUCGUCGACGCCGACGCGACGCGUCGUCGCGGCGCGGCGCGGGCGUCGACCGGCGCUCGCGUCCGACGACGCGACGACGACGACGGCGGGGACGGGGACGGGGACGGGGACGACGCGCGCGGCGACGACGGCGCCGCUGGCGCACGAGCUGGUGCAGGGCGCGCUGGUGCGUUGGAGCGUGGAAAAACCGGACGGACCGCACCCGCCGACGUGCGUGCUGGUGCACGGAAUCCUGGGCUCGCGAAGAAACUUGCAAUCGCUCGCGAAGCGCCUGGCUGAAAAGUUUCCGUCGUGGCAGUUUUUGUUGGUGGAUUUGAGAAAUCACGGGGAGUCGAACACGGCGCUGGAGAAGAAACCAGAGGGCGCGAACACGGUGCAAAACGCGGCGAGAGACGUGCUGGGGGUGUUGAAUCAUUUAAAGAUAUAUCCGUACACGCUGAUCGGGCACUCGUUCGGGGGGAAGGUGGCGAUGUCGAUGGUGCACCAGUUUGGACGCGCGUUGCCGCGGCCGGUGCAGGUGUGGGUGCUGGACACGGUGCCGGGAGACGUGUGGUGCGAUGACGUCGGAGAUCACCCGAGAGAUACGAUUCGGUUCUGUACCACGCUCGAUAGACCGAUCGAAAGUCGCAGAUCGCUCGUGGAGUCGCUCACGGGGGCUGGAUUCACCGUGGAAGGCGCGCAGUGGAUGACGACGAAUUUACGAGCGGAUGGGAACGGGAAAUUCGAUUGGACGUUUGAUUUGGAUGGCAUCGCGGAGAUGUACGCGUCGUACGAAGCGUGCGAUUUGUGGCCGAUGGUUGAGACGCAACCCGCGGGAUUGAGCUUAGAUUUCGUACAAGCAGAACGGUCGGCGUUCGUGUGGACGCCCGAGGACGUGGCGCGCAUUCGCGGCACCGGCGCCAACGUGCACUUGCUGCGCAACUCCGCGCACUGGGUGCACAUCGAUAACCCGAACGGGUUGCUAGACAUUCUGGCCCCUUCUUUCGAGAACAUGGAGCGCAACUCGAAGGCGCGAUGAGGAAAUUGUAAUAUAUAUUUUGCGCGCCGCUCGCCGCGCCGACGCCCGCUUUCAUAACAACGA